AUGUCGGCCGAAACAGCUACAUCGCAGAGCGCAAGCGCAGCCUCUAGUUACGACCGCGAUGCUAUAAUAGCAAGCAUCACCCGAUACUACGAACUCCUUUCAAAGACAGUAUCGAUCAAACCGGCAGAAAUCGGAUACGCUCGAAAAGGAGGGCGCUUCGACAAGAGCAUUCCGCUUUCGAAGCUCCGUCGACUCGGUUUCAACGAUCGAAUGAUCGACUUCAUCCGCCACGUACCAUUUUGUCACAGCAACGAUAGGCCCGUCUUCCCAGACACGACCACACUUAACUAUUACCCGCAUCUUUUUUACUAUCCCGAGGAAGAUUACAAGCUCGAAGAUGCUGACAUGACGGGAAUGUGGCCGAUUGAAGAUUCAAGGAUACCUGAGGGUAUCAUCCCACUGUCGGUUCCUCUGGAGGGAAGCUCUCUGGGAACGUGGUGGAUGCUGGAUACCAACAAUGUUUCGCUUCGUUUUUGA